GUUGAAGUCUCUUGUGUGUUCCAAGUGUCAUUUCUAAUUGCAAGUCUCUUAAACUUCUCACCAUGUUAGGGUGCUCAAAACUUAGCAAACUCCCCGAAAGCUUGGGGGUGAUGGACUGUUUGGAGGAACUUGAUUUGAGUCAAACUGCAUUAAAAGAGUUGCCAUCUUCACUUGUUCAUUUGAAAAAUCUAAAAAAGUUAUCUGUUUCUGGAUCUCCUGCAUCAUGGUAUACUUUUUGGGAUUUUUAAAAGAAGGAUUCCCCACUCUUUGGGUUGUUCAGUGUUCACUUCUUCAAAAGGCUUAUGUUCUUUGAAGGUAUUAGAUCUGAGAGACUUGAAUCUUUGUGAAGGAGCAGUUCCAGAAGAUAUUGGCUACUUGUCCUCUUUAGAAGAAUUAUAUCUUAGUGGAAACAAUUUUGUUACCCUCCCUGAAAGCAUUAGACGGCUUUCUAAGCUUUCGGUACUAAAACUCUAGCUACUAUUCCACUGAGCUUGUUUAAUUGGUUGUUAACUUGGAGCAGAUUUCAACAACCAUUUUUCAAUGGAUUCGAGCAAGAAAAGCCUCCGUAUCUGAUCCUGCUCCUCCUCGAUGAAAGUAUGAUGUGUUCUUGAGUUUUAGGGGUAAAGACACCCGCAAGACUUUCACGGACUGUACAACAAUCUGGUGCGGUAAGCAAUUACGACUUUCAGGGACAAUUCGGGAAAUGAAAGAGGCACCAAUAUUUCUUCAACUCUCUCGACUGCUGUCGAAAGAAUCACAGUUUACAAUCAUUGUUCUGUCGCCAAACCAUGCUUCUUCUACUUGGUGCUUGGAUGAACUUUUACACAUACUUAAAUGCAAGGAAGUAAGGAAUACAAUCAUUCCAUAUUCUAUGGUGUAGCCCUCCCUUGUUCGAGAACAAAAAGGAACUUUCGGAGCAGUCUUUGACAAGCAUGAAAGAAACUUUAUCGAAGACAUGAGAAAGGCGCAAGAAUGGAGACGUGCUUUAGAGAAAGUGAGCGUUAUAGAUGGGAUGAAGUCAGAUGACUAUUGUUAUGAGACUGAGCUUAUCAACAAAAUGUCAAAAUAGUGUGUAACAAAGUGCAUCCCCCAUUCAAAUUGUUAGGUUCUGCAAGGAAGUUGGCGGGAAUUGAUUUCAGACUGAAAAAAUUACAUUUGCUUUUGGAUCUAGAAGCAAAUGAUGUUCGUUUUACAGGCAUAUGUGGGAAAGCUGGGAUAGGUAAGAAGUUCACCGCCAGACGGUUUUAUGACGAAUUUUCCCAUUAUUUUGAAGUAAGUAUUUUCUUGCUGAUGUUGGAAAGGUUUCUGCAACACACGGUCUCCUCCAAUCAGCUUCUUUCCUCUGUUCUGAAAUCCAAAACACAAGUUGUGGACGAUUAUGCUGGUAGUGUAAUGACAAAGAAAUGUUUUUAUAACAAAAAGGUUCUCGCUUUUGGUGUGGAUCAGUUAGGCCAACUAGCAAGAGUGGCUGGAAACAAAAACUGGUUUGGUUUGGGUAGCAGAAUCAUUGUCACAACAAGGGAUGAACGUCAGUUAGAGGAGCAUGACCAUGAACUAUAUGAUGAGUUUGCUGAGGGCCUUCUAGGAGGUUCAAACUUCGAUUCUCAUCCACCAUGUGUCGAUGGAUUCAGGAUAUGUGCUGGCUGCACAGGAAUAUUAGGCAUGGGCGGUAUUUAGAAUGCAUUUGGAACUUUUGGCAUCCUGAACGUUUUGUUUGCAUCACUUGUAACCUUCCAAUUACUGAUCUUGAGUUUUCUGCUCCUGGAGAUGACAGUCACAGCCCUUACCACAUAUCCUGCUAUAAGGCGCAGCACCAUCCAAACUGCGUUGUUUGCAAGACUUAUAUUAUAUCCCUCUUAUGCAGAGUAUAUGGAGUGCAAGUUUAGUGGGAAUGGGGGUCCAGAUGAGAUAGGGACGAGGAUUGGAGAUCAUGAAGUACCAAAGAGUGACGCUUUCGUUAUCUUGGAAUCGAACAGAGAAUUGGAUGGAGAUCUCAACCAUAGAAUAUAAAUUGGAUAAUGAAGUGGAAGAGUGCAUUGGGUGUGUUGUGUGACCGUCAUAUGGUACAUCAUCCCCUAAAUUAAUGAUAUUUCUUGUUUCCUAGUAUUUUUUUCUAAAGGUACUUGUCAACGCGAACCCGUGAGCACAAACUAGACCAAUUCAGACUUGUAACGAAGAAACCACACUCAUUUUAAGUUAGGAUACCAACCGGUAAAGUUUUUACACAGGAUUGUUUGAUGAGAACACACACCUGUAGCCUGUAGUGCAUGUGAACUCGGUGGUUUAUUUUUGGGGAAAGAAAUAUCUGCUUUUGAGUUUGUCUUUUCGUAGGCCUUACUGUCUUUAAAUAAGGGUUUCCCCUUUGAGGAAACCACUCACCCACCAGCAAAAUUCCCCCUGCUUUCUCUCACCCAACCCCAGACACUAUCUCUCCCCUCCCUCACGCUCUCCCUCUUCUGCUCUGACUGUGCACACACGGUGCAGAGUUGUCCUGACCACCACCGUCCAAAAGAAAGCCACUACCAGUUUCCUCUUCACUGAUCAUUUUUACUUGUUCGUUGAGUCCUGUUUCUGUUUGUAGAACCCAAUUUCCGGCAACUGAAUUUGAAAGGCUUAAACUGAGUGAUCGAGGACGAAUUGUCAAAUAUGUGUGCUCGCUGAUUAAGAUAUCUGACCGCAAACCCAAUUUCCAGGAACAGUUUUCUCCGAUGGCCUUGAGCACCCAAAGAGCCUCUACAUCUCUUCUUUCAGAUGAAUCAGCUACUCGAUGGAAUUAUGACGUGUUUUUGAGCUUCAGGGGUGUAGACACCCGUAAGGGUUUUGUCUCCCAUUUACACAAAGAAUUGCAACGACAAGGGAUUACAACUUUCUUUGACGACCGGGAGCUUGAAAGAGGAACAAGUAUUCCUCUAGAGCUCCUAAGUGCUACCAAAGCAUCGCAUACAGUAAUCGUUGUUCUCUCUCCAAACUAUGCUUCUUCCAAAUGGUGCUUGGACGAACUCUCAAACAUUGUUCAAUGCAUGGAAAUCAAGAACGCACUUAUGCCAAUUUUUUAUAACGUGGAUCCCUCCGACGUAGGAAAUCAGAGGGGGUCUUUUGCCAAAGCUUUCGCUGAGCAUGAAGAAAAGUACAUUAGUACCGAAGACAAAAAGAAGGUGACCCAGUGGAGGGCUGAUCUGAAAAAAGUAUCCAAAAUUUCUGGGUGGCAUUUGAAGAAUUUUAAAUCUGAAAGAGAGCUUAUCGAAAAAAUCGUCAAUACAGUCUGGCGAAAAGUGCAAGCUACGUUCACGUUGUUAGAUCCCUCACAAAAGUUAGUCGGAACUGACUUUGCACUUGAGCAACUGAGUUUGCUAUUAGCUCAUGAUGCCAAUGAUGUUCGCUUUAUUGGGAUAACGGGGAUGGGUGGCAUAGGCAAGACAACCCUUGCUAAGCUAGUUUUUGAUAAAAUCUGCCAUCAUUUUGAAGUUCAUUGUUUUCUUGACAAUGUUAGAGAGGUUUGUGCAAGAGAUCCUACUCUAGUUGAUCUUCGAAAAAGCUUGAAGGAAAGGAUCGCAGAAAUUUGUGAUAAAGAGUGUGGAAGCAUUUUCACUAACAAGUUCUUACGCAAUAAAAAGGUUCUUCUCGUACUUGAUGAUGUGGAUGAAUUAAACCAACUCAAAGUAUUGGCUGGAAAUCAUGGUUGGUUUGGUAUGGGGAGUAGAAUUAUCGUUACAACUAGGAAUCAGCGUUUGCUAGUCCAACAUGGUAUAGCAACAUCAUACAAGGUGCAGGGGUUGAAUGAUGCUGAAGCACUUAAGCUCUUUAGCCUGCAUGCCUUUAAAAAAGACCAACCUGAGGAAGAUUUUCUGGAACUCGCCAAGUAUUUCAUUAAUCAUGCUGGAGGCCUUCCAUUAGCUCUUGAAACUCUGGGGUCAGCUUUGUUUGAGAGAGGUCUAGAUGCAUGGAAUAGUGUACGACAUAAUCUAAAGAAACUUCCUAAUCCAACAAUUUUUGAUAAACUUAAAAUAAGUUAUGAUGGAUUAGGAAGGAUGGAGAAGAGAAUUUUUCUUGAUAUUGCAUGUUUCCACAAAGGGAAGUGCGUGAAACAAGUUAUUCGAACACUAGACGAUUCUUUUGGAAUUUCUAGUAGUAUCAUGAUAGAUCUACUUAUUGAGAGAUCUCUUCUCUGUCAUGAAUACAGAAACAAUGUUUGGAUGCAUGAUUUGAUACAAGAAAUGGCAUGGACAAUUGUUAGUCAGGAGUCUGAAGAGUCUGGUCUACGGAGUAGGUUGUGGCUUUCCAAUGACAUUUUUCAUGUAUUCAUGAGUAAUUCGGGGUCGAGAACAAUUGAAGCUAUAUCCUUAUGCUUGCCCGAAGUAGAGGAGGUACGCCAGUGGAAUUGCGAAGCGUUCUCUAAGAUGCAUGGAUUGAGGUUUUUGGAAUUCGAUAAUUUGAUUAUUUCUUCAGGCCCCAAAUUUCUUCCAUGUUCCUUGAGAAUUAUAAAUUGGAGUUGGUAUCCUUCUAAUUUUCUUCCAAUGAGCUUUCAUCCGCACUUGCUGACUCAACUUAACAUGCGUAAUAGCAAUCUUGUUCGACUAUGGGAGGGAAAAAAGGACUUGCCCAACUUGAAAUAUAUUGAUCUUAGCUACUCCUAUAAAUUGAUGAGUACCCCAGAUUUCAAUGGUCUUCCAAAUCUUGAGAGGUUGAAUCUUGAGGAUUGUAAGAAUUUAGUUGAGAUUCACCCGUCUAUUGCAGUCCUCAAAAGACUAGAAGUUCUGGACCUUUAUGGCUGUGAAGCCAUUAAGUGCCUUCCACAUGAGGUUGAAAUGGAUUCUCUUAAAUCUUUCUGUCUUGCUGGCUGCUCAAAUGUGAAAAAGAUUCCAGAAUUUGGGGAGCAGAUGAAGAAUGUGUCCUGGAUUUCCUUAAGAGGGACUGCGAUCGAGAAAGUGCCUUCAUCAAUUGAACAUGUGGUUGGCCUUAUUCAUUUGAGCCUAAGGAAUUGCAAAAAUCUCUUGAACCUUCCAAGGGCUAUUUGUAAUUUGAAGUCUCUUAGAUAUCUCGAUGUGCGUGGAUGCUCAAAGAUUGACAAACUCCCAAGAGACAUGGAUCACUUAGAGACGCUUAUAUUAGGAGCCACUAUGACAGAGCCGCUUGUGGGUAUGAAAAAUCUUGAAUAUCUAGAAUUUGACGGAUUGGAUGCCAAAACAAGGGAGGGGAGGGGCCUUCUCCGGUUAUUAGGAAUUGGAAAGAGUCGCCCUGAUCCUCCUUGCUGGAGUUUGGUGUUGUAUUCUCUAAAUCGUUUAUGCUAUUUGACAUUCUUAAGUCUAAGCGACUGUAAUCUCCGAGAGGGGGAUGUCCCUCAUGAUAUUGGCUGCUUGUCCUUUCUGGUAAAAUUGGAUCUUAGUGAAAAUAAUUUCGCCAGUCUACCUGAAAGCAUUAGACUCCUUUCUAAGCUUUGCUAUCUUGAUCUGGAGAGUUGCAAAAGCCUUCAAAAAUUGCCACCUCUUCCAUCAAAGAGCUGUUUUCGGGUAAAUGUAUGCAAUUGUACUUCCUUAAAAAGGUUGUCGGAUCCAUCCAAGUUGUUCAGCAGAUUCUCCAAUUUGUAUGAUUUUGGGUUCAUUUGUCUGAAUUGCAUUGCAUUGGUCCAAGAUGAAGGCUGGAUUGAUACAAUACUCUCAAGGAUUCUAAAAUUUGCCACUCAGGGAAUCUCACUUUAUGACAAAGUUGUAUGCCCUGGAAAUGAAAUUCCAGAGUGGUUCAGUAAUCAAAGAGUGGGACAGUCAGUAAAUGUGGAGCUUCCUCCACCAUCAUGCACCAACUGGUUCGGGAUUGCCUUUUGUGUUGUUUUUGAAGAUCAUAAGAAAAACUUGGCAAAUCUAGCUGCCCUUCGUCAUUAUGAUUAUUUCAAAAUUCAGUUCAACUAUAAGUAUUUGACCUGCAAAAUAGGGUCUCUUGUGUCAGAACACCUUUGGGUAUUUUAUUUGCCUCGUAAAUAUUGUCAUCAGGAACAGUUUUUAUUCGAAACUUACCUUGGUAGUAAUAUUGGAGCGAGCGAAAUAAAAGCAGACUUGAGUAAUGUGAAAAAGUGUGGCGCUCGUUUGGUGUACAAGCAAGAUUUGGAAGAACUCAAGCAAACACUAAAAAUCCUGAAACGAACAAAUGAAUAUCGUGAUGAAGUAGCUCCAAAUGGACCUGGAAGUGCUAGCUUCAACGACAUAGAACAAAUCCGAAAAAGGCAUUGUUGCCGGUCACCAUCUUAUAAUUAAUGCAGGUAAGUCAUCAUUGAUUUAUCCCAUCAGCUUAAUUAUCUUCAAAAUUAUUUUUUGCUUCACAAUCUUAGUCAAUGGAUUCAAUCUCACGAGCUAUUUAUUAAUGUGGCCAUAUUUAUUGAAAGGCAGUGGAUACGAAUGAGUAUAAA